ACUCCGGCUUGAUCGCCCCCUCUUCUUCAUCCUCCAAGGAUCCAGCUGAAGCCGGGACACUCGCUCUCUCUCUGCUCCUUCCGACUCUCUCUCACCCCCCCACCGACAAGAAGAAAAAAUGGCAAUGACUAGCAUCCUCAGUGCUGAUGACAUCAAGAAGGCCCUGGAUGCGUUCGCAGCCGCGGACUCCUUCGACCAUAAGAAGUUCUUUGAGGUGGUGGGUCUGAAGGCGCUGUCAGCAGAAGAGGUGAAGAAGGCCUUCCUGGUGCUGGAUGCCGACAACAGCGGAUUUAUAGAGGAGGAGGAGCUCAAGUUCAUGCUGAAGGGUUUCUCCUCCAGUGGGCGGGACCUGACAGACCAGGAGACCAAAGCCUUCCUCAAUGCCGCCGACAAGGACGGAGAUGGCAAAAUAGGCGUGGAGGAGUUCACUGCCCUGGUGAAGGAGUAGAAGCCCGGGGCCAACCCGACGGACCAGCGCUCUGCCAACCUGCAACCGCGUUCCCUCACGACCGCCAAACU